ACUGAGCAGUACCGUUUGUGCUUUUUCCGGUCGUCGCGCGGGAACGUGCUAUUUUAUCAGAUUAUCAAUGAAGAAUCAAGCAAAGAACAUUGCAUUGAAAAAAUGACAAUUGAAAAUUGACACAUAUGUGCUUCCUUCCGUAGAACCAUUUAAUUUUUGCCGCCUCCCCCCCCCAUAGAAACUUGAUUUAACAUCUAUAUAUAUUAUAAUAACGUAUUACAUUUAUGUAUAUGUAUAUUUAUAGAUUAUUUAACUAUCUCGUAUUAAAUCACGUUCUAAUAUAGUUAAGCUAGUUUCUUUGUCAAUGUUUUUCAAACUUUAUACUUUUAUAAAAUGUUAAUUUGGUAUGUGCUAUUAAUAAUUUCUUCCAACUACAUAAAACAAUCGCCUGCUAUUUUCAUUUAAAUUUUACUAAUUACAUUUCAUUUCCAUUAUGUGCGAGAUCACUUGUGAAAAUUUUUAUUCUGAACUACCAGCCAUCGAAACAGCAAUAAAAGAAUCUGCUUUUGUUAGCAUAGAUAUGGAAUUUUCUAAACUACAUGAGAAUAUUGCAAAACCAUUUACUUUUUUUGAUACUAAUGGAGAAAGAUACAGUAAAUUACGACAAAAAGUAGCUGAUAUAACUUGUUUACAAUUGGGUCUUGCAAUUUUUAUUUAUGACUCCAACAAUAAAACAUUUAAAUCAUACACCUAUUCAUUUUAUACUUACCCUCAGACAUUCUUUAAGGCCGACAGUGUAGUCAGUUUUGAAACGGCAUGUAUUGAAUUUUUAUGUAAACAUAAAUUUGAUUUUAACAAGUUAUUUCGUAAUAGAGUACCUUAUUUGACUGACGAACAAGAAUUACAAAUGAAGACAGAAAUGUUAAAAGCUUCAUUUUUUGAUCAAUAUUUUGAAACUAAUUUAAAAUUCCGUUCAAUUGAGGAAGAAUUAAUUAAAACUAUAAGAAUUUUUGGUGAUUGGUAUUUUCAAGCAAACUAUGGAGAACAAACAUGUAUGGAAAUAAAUGGAUGUAAUGAACCUGCAUAUAUUAUCUUAAUGCAAUAUUAUCUUCUAAAAAAGUUCAAAUACAUAAGUAUACAAGAGAGUCAAUUUGGAUUAAAUAUAACAAAAAUAGAGGCAAAUGAAAACUCAGAAACAUCAAGGAAUCACAUUUAUGAAAAUCUCAAAAUAAAUUUAUUAAAUAAGAUGAUGGGUAUUAAGUAUAUAAUCAACCUUAUAUCAACUUUGAAAAAACCAUUAAUUGGCCAUAAUUGUGCUUUGGAUAUUUUAAUUUUAUGCAACCAAUUUUUUAAACCCUUACCUGAAAAUUUUAAAGAUUAUCAAUAUUUUUUAUCUAAUCAUUUUGGACCAAUUUAUGAUACAAAAUUGUUAUCUAAAGAAGUUAAGCGGAUGAUGCCUAAAAAUGAUAUAUGGCUUGGAAGUUCUCUUUCAGAAAUACAUUCAUAUUUAAAAUGUGGAUAUGCCAAAAUCUAUUCAGAUUCUUUACGUAUUCAACUUGUUGGUAUUGAAGAACCUGAAAGUAUGAAAUGGCAUGAUGCUGGAUGGGAUGCAUACUAUACAGGUUAUUGUUUUCUAAAAAUGAUGCAUAUAAUUAAGAAUAUUUCCAGUAAAACGGAAACAAUUCAUCAAAAAUAUACUUUAACAGAACUUAUGAAAUCUAUAGAAUUUUCUAAAAACAAAUUAUACACUUAUAGAUCAGCAUCUAAUUGUAUUGAUUUGGAAUCUGAAGAAAAACUCAAUAAUCAAAUAAAUUAUUUAGUUAUUCAAAAUAAGGGAUUAUUUUAUAAAGCUAUAGACUUAAAAAAACUGAACUAUGAUUUAGACAAAAUUUGUAAUUAUGAUAUAAAAUUAUUAUCAAAGUAUACCGCUUUAAUUGCCAUACCUUUCAUGAAUAAUCGCAUCAUUUACAACUUAAAUUCAAAGUACAGGGUUGAAAAUUAUUCACAAUAUCAGGAUAGAAAAAGGAAACAACAUAUAAUUAGCUUAAGUUUAAUAAUAUUAAGUACUUCUAUAAUUAUAUAUUUAAAAAAAUAAUAUUAAAUG